AAGCAACUCAUUCACGGCGACCGUUCAGUAGCCGAAAGUAUUAUAAGGACAACCCCACCUUUGCGUUCCCCUCGUAUUGCAUCGCACGCUCGCCUCCCGAGUGGCUCUGAAAGUCUAAUCUUCGAACCUCAUCAUAUUUAUACCCACACCCCUAGUUUACUUACACUCCGUUAUGACAACUGCUAUUACGAAAACCAACCCCAAGACGGCUGAAUUUGCUCGGCUUUUUGAAUUAUUCGAUCGCAUUGCAACGCGGCGCGCUAGGGGCUCCACGGAGCUAGCGAUCUCUAUGGACGACAUCCAAGCAGUCCCAAUCGAAUUUGCACCUGUCCUGAAGAAUUUGUCGACUGUCCUCUCGAUACGCGCUCAACGCGACCAAGAGCGCCUCCGUAAGCCCACGGGCCGCCCCCGCCGCAACACUGUCGCUGUCGCACCGACGCCGAACGAGACCACCGAGGUUGUAGAGGCUAUGCGGAGCCCUACAUUUCCCCUGGAAGAGCAUCACCCGUUCACAUUUAAGCUCAUGUUACAUAAAUUAUACAACGUUGACGAAUGGGCCGAGAAGGUGAAGAGUGCUGUGGAAGCGUCAAAAGAACAAUUCAAACCCCUGGCGGAGAGGAUGCAAGAGGUGGUCAGGGAGACGACAGGAAAGGAACGAGCUGCAAGGAGGAACAUCGCCCGGUCCAGGAGUCAGUCCGUGUUAAACUCCAAGUGCAAGGGGAAGGCGGUUUCCCGAGAACACAUUCCCACAUCGCCACCACCUCCGAACGACUUCAGUCGAGUGUUGAAGAAACGCUGCGUUGGGCGGCGCAAAUCUAUCAGUGGGCCACUCGCUCGGGGUGUAUGGGUUUACGAUGCAGCCAUAUCUGCUAUUGAACUGGAAGGCUCUCGCCCAUCCCUGGAAAUCACCAUCUCGGAGUCCAGAGACAGGGUGAACAAUACCAAUAUUCGGUCUCGUCACCAAUCUCUCGCUGGACUGGAGGGUAUUCAGGAUCGGGACACCGCCCGUAGGAAGGUCAGAAUCGCAAUGCCUUUGACACGCGACGAUGUACAGGGCACCGCAUCCCUCCAUCAGCAGACCGCCCCACGCAGUGCUCGGCAAGGCAACGCUGCAAGAGAUUUCUUCCAUAAGGCCACUCCCGCACGUGGGUUAUCCAUAGUAAAGUAGUUCGGUUCCAAGCAGGUUUGGUAGGAUAGUAGUAGUUCGGUUCCGAGCAGUUU